AUGGCCGCGGAGUACUCCGAUGGCAAGCACAUGCAGUACCGCUGGGUGACCGAUGCACCUAGUCGUUCGCAACGCAUCCCGAAGGCUUAUUGGGACACCCACAAGGCAGAACUUGGCGAUCUGUACUAUGCUAUGUCACUUGAUGAUCUCAUGACUUUCAUGAAAGAGAAACACGGCUUUGCACCUACUACGUAA